UGAUACGACUCGAUCGCCACCCAUGCACUGACCGAUCCGAAGCACGUACAUGGCGGUGGCAGGAGCCGGCGCACCUUAUCACUACCGCCCGCACGGUCACGUCGCCGGCGUCUGCCGCUCGAUGGCCUUUCCGGCGCCGCGGGGUGGCGCAAGCAGCUCACUACCAGCAGAAAACAACCGCCCGUACAGCUCUGGCUCCACAGCCAGCUCUUUCUCUCCGGCCUUCGCGGCGGCGGCAAGCGGGGUGCUGCGGCAGGAGCUCGACGUCUUGGACUACUUGUCGGACGACGGCGGAGGCGGGCCGGCGCUGGCGCCGACCGUGCCCGAAACGUUCCGGGCGCCGCCGCUGCCUCCGCGGAUGCCGGCCGAGGCGACACCGGCCGUGCCGGAUGCUGGCUACGGUGCUCAUCCGAGGCCUGCGGCGCCCUCCGCGGCGGCGGCGGCCGGGAACAAGAUCGCGUUCCGGACGAGGUCGGAGGAGGAGGUGCUCGACGACGGCUACAAGUGGAGGAAGUACGGCAAGAAGUCGGUCAAGAACAGCCCUAACCCAAGGAACUACUACCGAUGUUCGACGGAGGGAUGCAGCGUGAAGAAGAGGGUAGAGAGAGACAGAGACGACACGAACUAUGUCGUGACAAUGUACGAGGGGGUUCACAACCACGCGAGCCCGGGCACAGUUUACUAUGCUUCUCGAGAUCCUGCUACAGGUCGCUUCUUCGUCGCUGGCAUGCAUAGCCAAGGUCCUGGAUGAAACACGUACCGGCCGUAGUGAUGUUAGUGUGCUAUUAGGCCUUCUAGAAUGAAAUGUAUAUCCAUGUUUUAUGGUCGCUUGCCCCUGUGUUCGCCACUUGUUCUUUACAUAGCGACAAAAUUUAAGGCCUCCUUUGAUUUAAGGGAUAGGAAAAACAUAUGAAUAGGAAAGGUAUAGGAUUGGAAUGGCAUGUCUAAUUGAAUCCUAUAGGACGAUGAAGUUUGUUUGAUUGUAGCAAAGGAAUUUUUCCAUGAGGUAUGAGCUAAUGUUUUUUUUUAUAUAGGAAUUACACUACAAGAUUUCUAUAGGAUUUUUUUCUAUAGAAUAUGUUCCUAUGAAUCAAACAAUAUGUAUAG